ACGCCCUCCUGGCACCUCUCCCACAGCCCACCAAACCUCUUCCCACCCGCACCUUCACCUCCACCAUGCCAGGCUACGACUCCCUCACCUUCAAAGACGCCAUCAAGAACCGUCGUACAAUCUACAGCCUCACCAAGAAAUCUUCCAUCUCAGACGACCGCAUCAAGGAAAUCGUCACCCAGGCCAUUCACGAUGUCCCUUCCUCUUUUAACUCCCAAUCCGCACGUCUCGUCGUCCUACUCAAAGAAGAACACGACAAGUUCUGGGACGUCGUGACUACGAUCCUCAAAGCUCACGUUCCGGAAGAUAAAUGGGAACAUACCGGACAGAGGAUGGAGAUGUUUCAGGGUGCUUAUGGCACGAUCCUCUUCUACGAAGACCCCGAACCCGUCAAAGCCCUGCAAUCCAAAUUCCCCAACUACGCCGAUAAAUUCCCUCAAUGGUCGGAACAUACUUCCGCCAUGCAUCAGUAUGAGCUUUGGACUGCUUUGGAGGCUGAGGGGCUGGGUGCCAAUCUUCAGCAUUAUAAUCCGUUGCCGGAUCAGAAGGUGAGUGAGAUUUGGAAUGUGCCGUUGGAGUGGAGUUUGAAGGCACAGCUUGUGUUUGGAGAUCCGGCGGAGGGAUCGAGGGAGAAGUUGGCGGAGAAGAAGCAGGAGCCGGUUGAGAAGAGGGUUUUCUUUCAUGGGGCUUAGAGCAUAGAUACUAGAAGGGGAUUGGGAAGUUAGACGCUUGACGAUGUUCGCAGUUCUACGUCUGCUCAACUCCUAGCCGCUUUGACAUUCACCUCAAGAACUUUGACAGCAUCU